AUGGAGACUGAUAUGGACAUGGUGACGGGUUUGCUUUGCCCGGAAUGCGACUUCUCUGAAGGAGCACGCCGCGAUGCUUCCCGUGCUCCAGGCUGUUUCGCGGGUCGCUCGCGCGGGUUCUUCGACACCCUCCUCCGCCGCACCAAAAGCAGCUUCAAGCCGACGUACAAUUACCAGCCCGACGGGAGCGCGUGCCGCAUCUACGGUACGAUCACGGCGAAGAGGGUCACAGCUAACCUGCAUGUCACAACCCUCGGACAUGGGUACGCGAGCCAUGAACACGUCGACCACAAGUUCAUGAACCUGUUGCACGUCAUCACGGAGUUUUCGUUCGGGCCGGACUUUCUGACAUAA